AUGAAAGUUUCAAAUGGAGCAUGUUUAAGUGCAUCGAAACCUGAUAUGGAAUGUCAUUGGUGUUCAACAGCUAAUCUGUGUAGUAUUGGUCGUGAUACACAUUCGAAGGCUUGGAUGAUUAAUAAUUGUACAAAGAUUAAUAUGCAAAAGGAUAACAAAAGUGAACAAAUGGAUAAGGAAAGUGAUCAGAAGGAUAACAAAAGUGAUCAAAAGGAUAACAAAAGUGAACAAAUGGAUAAGGAAAGUGAUCAGAAGGAUAACAAAAGUGAUCAAAAGGAUAACAAAAGUGAACAAAUGGAUAAGGAAAGUGAUCAGAAGGAUAACAAAAGUGAUCAGAAGGAAAACAAAAGUGAACAAAAGGAUAGCAAAAGUGAACAAAAGGAUAACAAGCCAAUGUUUAAUUACCUAUAUGUUUUGAUACCAUCAGUCAUUUGUCUCGUCAUUGUAUGCGUUGGCUUCAUCGUGUGGUUCUGGUUAUCUAAAAGACAAUAG